AUGGAGAAAUUAGACAAAAAAGGAAAAGAAAUGAAAGAAAAGAAAUGGUCUCGGAAACUCGAGUUACCGAUGAUAAUGGGCAGCCAGAAGAAAGAGGUUGCAUUCGACGACGACGUAUUAUUGGCGUCGCCGAGGGAUGUGUUCGGGGUUCCUGUUUCGGGGACGGAUUCGGACAGCACGGCGAGCAGCAUCUACUGUGGGCCUGCGUCGCCCGAAAUGGGCCCAGACCGGGCCCUAGCGAAAGACGGGCAGACCCAGCAAUGGAAGACGAUGAUGGACGUGUUGAGGUUAAAGUCCGUUAGAAGAUUCUCGUCCAUUCCUCUGCUUACGGCGAGUUACGAAAUUUCGCGGCGGAGCCUGAGGAACAAGCUGAGCCGUAUUCGACCCACCAAUGAAGACGAUGAUUUGGAUGCUGCUAUUGACAUUGACGGCAUUCCCACCAAGCCUUCUUGGAGGAACUUCAAUUACGCUGACCUCGCCGCUGCAACCGAUGAUUUCAACCCUGAGAACAUGAUUGGAAAAGGUGGUCAUGCUGAAGUGUAUAAAGGAUGCUUACCAGAUGGUCAAGUUGUAGCAGUAAAGAGGCUAACGAGGAACGACGAGGACAGAGCUGGCGAUUUCUUGUCAGAACUUGGAAUAAUAGCUCACGUUAACCACCCCAAUGCAACUCGCUUGAUUGGGUUUGGAAUCGACCAAGGUCUCUACUUUGUUCUCCAAUUGGCCCCACAUGGCAGCCUUGCCUCUAUGCUCUUUGGUGCAGCUCUGCCUCUAUCUCUCACUUCUCAUUUCGUCUCUUCAUUUUUUAAUGCAGAAUCAAUUUCAGAUUUUGGAUUGGCAAAGUGGCUCCCAGAUAAGUGGGCCCAUCAUGUUGUCUUCCCAAUAGAAGGCACGUUCGGGUAG